AUGCGUCAACGUGGCGUCCCCAAUGUCCUCAUCGAAUGGCUGCGAGAAAAGUUGCGCGGACGACAAACACGCCUCAAAUUUGACGACUACGCAUCGGACUUCAUAGAGAUAAUCAGUGGCAUAGAUCAAGGCUGCCCACUAUCGGUGAUCUUAUACAGCUUCUACAACUCGGAACUCAUUGAUAGCGCAGACAGGAGAAAGGGUGAACUGGCAGUAGGGUCGAUGGAUGAUGUCGCACUCAUGGCGAUAGGCCGCACCUUU